GAAUCCAGUGUAAAACCAAAAUAAACCCUGAUGAACGUCAAACAAUUUUCAAAAACUAUUGGGCACUUGGUGACCUUUCCCGCCAAAGAGAUUUCAUAGCAUCACAUAUUCAGAACAUACAACCAACUUACCAGUACAAGAGAGAGGGAAAUAAGAGAAAACCAAACCAAGCCUUUUAUUUUGAUGUUGCUGAUAAGCGAGUUCGUGUAUGCAAAGAUUUUUUCAGAAACACCCUAGGGAUCAAUGACAGACCAAUUAGAACCGUUAUUGAUAAGAAAGACGCCUCAAGUGGCUUUGUUGCUGGUGAUCUGAGGGGUAAACAUGAUAAGCAUCAAACUGAUCAAGACAAGUUAAUAAAUGAAGGCAUCAGGCGUCAUAUAGAAUCUAUUCCUAAAAUUGAGAGCCACUAUCUACGGGCAAACACAACCAGAGAAUUCAUAGAAGGUGGUAAAACAAUUAGUGAUUUACAUCGUGAUUAUGUUGAACAUUGUAAAAGCUUGCAAAAACCUCAUGGAAAUUAUAAAAAGUAUUACGAUAUAUUCACCAAAGAGUAUAAUAUUUCUUUUUUUGUUCCAAAAAAAGACCUUUGUGAGCUGUGCCAUGCAUAUGAGACAGCUGAAGGUGAGAGAAAGACCAGUUUGCAAGAGGAAUAUGAAAAGCAUAUUAUGGAAAAAGAUCUAUCUCGAUUGAAAAAAAAUUCUGACAAAGACUCAGUGAGUGUCAACACCAUUGUUGCCUGUUAUGACCUUCAAGCUGUAUUACAGUGUCCAAAGGGGGAAGUGUCCCUAAUGUAUUAUAAAUCUAAAUUAAAUAUGCUAAACCUGACUGUCUGUGAGCUGAAAAAUGAUGCCGUAUUCUGCUAUACUUGGCAUGAAGGCGAAGGAGCCAGAGGCUCGUGCGAAAUUGGAACAUGCAUUUACAAAUACCUCAGUGAAAAAGUUAAAAAUUGCGAAAACGAUAUUGAAAUUAUAUUUUACUCUGAUAAUUGCAGCGGCCAACAGAAAAACAAGUAUUUGUUUUCUAUGUACUUAUAUGCAGUGGACAAACUGCCAAUUAAGUCUAUAACUCACAAUUUCCUAAUAAAAGGGCAUAGUCAAAACGAGGGGGACAAUGUACAUGCAAUGAUUGAGAAGCAGAUUAAGAAAUGUCUGAAGUCUGGACCAAUUUACCACCCGGCUCAAUACAUUUCAUUGAUCAAAACUGCAAAAAAAACUGGGAAUCCGUAUAAAGUCAAUGAACUAAGUCAUGAAGAUUUCUUGGAUUUUAAAGACCUAUGGGCAAACAUUGGAUGUAACUCUACAGUUAAUGUGUCAGGAUGUACUGUUGCAAUGAAUGACAUCAAAAUAAUUAAAGUUGAGAAAGAUUCUCCCUUUAAAAUCAAGUACAAGACAACUUAUGAUGACACAGUUGACUUUCAAGAAAUUUUCAUCCAGCAGAUUGAUAUUGAAGAAAACGAGGAUUUAUUCGGAGACAACAAGAAGAGUCACACUAAGAAGAAAACCAGAAGUUCAAAGAAGAAACAACAGGUUUUUCCUGUGCAUUGUUCAGAUGUUGCUUUAAAAAAAUUAUACGAGCAAAGACUGGGAAUUUCAGUUAACAAGAAAAAAGACUUACAAUACUUACUUGAAAAACAUGUUAUUCCAAGUUGCUAUGCACCAUUUUAUAACUCACUUUAAAUUUUUGCAGUAACGUUUGUGUUUAGCAACAAUGUUAUGUUUGUGUUAAUGAUUUUUAUUUCCAUUAGAAAAUACUUCUUUAAAUAUUAAAAAGUGCUGCAUUAGUUACUUUAUAUAAGACCAAACUAUUGGUAGUAACUAGUGGUAGUAAAUGAAUGUAUUUUGUUAUUAAUAUUUGAAAACACUAUUUUUCUAAACAUCUAAAAUAGGUCCAAUGAUGUUUGGAGGUUUAGUUCUAAGUAACUAACUGAUUUUUUUGUUUCAAUUAAAGUUAACUGUCAUUAAAAACCCGUUGACUUAUUUUUGUGUCAUUACCAUCUUCAAAGUUAACCUUUUAAUGAAAAGCGGUUUUACAGGAAAAUUGACACAACUCAAAUUAAAUUAAUAAAUAAUUAAAAAAAUAAUAAACACAAACUUCAUGGUUUAUAUUAAGCUAAUUUAAAUGCCCUAUAUUUAACUGAUAUAAAUAAUAAAAUGACUUUUGGAUUAAAGGUUGCAGUUCUGUUAAACGAAAAACUAAUUACAAAAAGCACAAUUUUCAAAUCGCUCUCCUGUAAAAUUUACUUUUUUUGAGUUGUGUCACUUUUCUUCUGAAUG